AUGGGCAAAUUACUUGCGCUCGAGCUGUUCAAUUUCAAAUCAUACAAAGGUCAUCAUGUAUUGCAGUUCGGCGACUCAUAUUUCACAUCAAUCAUCGGUCCAAAUGGCUCCGGGAAAUCAAACUCCAUGGACGCCAUCUCCUUCGUUCUCGGCAUCAAAUCGUCGCAUUUGAGGUCGACACACCUCAAAGAUUUGGUCUAUCGUGGCCGUGUCCUCAAGACUUCCAAGGUCGACGCGGAUGGUCAAGCGAUCGAGGGUGGACCGGAUGAUGGGGUGAACGGCGACUCACAGGCUGCUGCCGCGUCGGACGACGAGGAUGCGUCGACACAGACGAGCGGCUUGCGCAACGAUCCCACCACUGCUUGGGUCAUGGCCGUUUACGAGGACGAUGCCGGUGAAGAGCAGCGCUGGAAACGAUCAAUCACAUCCAACGGCGGAUCUGAGUACCGAAUCAACAAUCGUUCAGUCACGGCCAAAACAUAUAACGAAGCUUUGGAGGCGGAAAACAUCCUGAUCAAGGCGCGAAACUUCUUGGUGUUUCAAGGAGAUGUCGAAGCCAUCGCCGCACAGUCUCCAAAAGAUCUCACGCGCCUGAUUGAACAAAUCAGUGGUUCAUUCGAGUACAAGGCGGAGUACGAACGCCUCAAAGCGGAGAAGGACAAGGCUGAUGAGGAGCAAACCUAUAAGCUUCAACAACGUCGUGGCAUCAACGGAGAAAUCAAACAGUAUCAACAGCAGAAAGAGGAGCUCGACAAGUUUGAGCAGACGCGCGACGAAAAGGAUCAAGCGGUGGUCAACCAGAUCCUUUGGAAGCUGUGGCAUUUCCAACGCACCAUCCAGGACAGCACCGCCGAGAUUCAGAAGCACCAGGCGGAGUUGAAAGAAUUCAAUCGAACUGUGCAGAAACAUCGCGACCAAUUGGACAAAGCAAAAGCAGAGCAGGCCAAGGUAGACCGCGACAUCAAGAAGCAUGAGCGUGAUGUAAAGCAGAGGGAGAAGGCCGUAGAAGACAAGGAGAACGCACUGGUUCCCAUCGACGAGAAACUUUCCAUCCACACAUCGAACGUCAAGAAGUAUGAGUCUCUGCUUCAAGAGAUUGGUGGAGAACGAGACACCCACAAGAAAGAUGCGGCGAAAUUAAAGAGCGAUCUCGACACAGUUCAGAAAGCCCAAAAGCGCUGGGAGAAAGAGUGGCGCAAUCAACAACAACAGGCGGGUCGGGAGUUGAGUGAUGAGGACCUUCAAGAACUCGAGCGGCUCCGUGCCGAUGUAUACAAGCGGACAGGUGGCGACCAGACCAAGCUCGACAACAUCACUCGCCAGAUUAAGACUGAUGAAGAGACCGUCACUUCUCUCGAAUCGAAGGUGCAGAGCACUGAAUCUGCCGUGACCAGCCUGACCGAGGAGAUUUCUGGGCUCGAAACACGGAAGAAGGAGGUGCAGAAAGUUGUCGGCGCAACCACGAAAGAGAUCGAGACGAAACGUGUCGCCAUCAACUCUCUCACGAGUGAUCGAGAUCGAACGGAGCAAGUGAAACGCGAACUCGACGAGAAGCUACAUCAAGUUCUUGUCAGGCUCAACGAAGCCGUCGGGUACCAGCGCGAGACUCACAAAGAAGCCCAACACCGAGAAAUGGUCAGCCAGAUGAAGCGUCUCUAUUCAGGUGUCAAGGGUACGCUCGGCCAUUUGUGUCAUCCCAAACAGAAGAAGUAUGAGACAGCUGUGGCGACCGUGCUCGGUCGUCAUUACGAUGCUAUCGUCGUGGAUUCGGAAAAGACUGCCAAGGAUUGCAUUCAAUAUCUCAAGGAACAGCGCGCUGGUCAAGCUACGUUCAUCCCUCUCGAUACCAUCAUCCACAAGCAGGCCAAUGCGAAUCUGCGAGGCAUGCACCAGGGCAUGCGCCUCGCCAUCGACACCAUCGACUUUGAUACUAGCCUGGAGCGUGCAAUGAGCUACGCGUGUGGAAAUUCCAUCGUUUGUGACAACAUCUCGAUCGCCAGGAAUCUCUGCUAUCAAAAGGGCAUCGAUGCCAAGGCGGUGACCCUGGACGGCACCAUCAUCCACAAAGGUGGUAACAUGACUGGCGGUGACCUCCACGACAAGAAGCGACGUUUCGAGGAUAGCGAAGUGGAGAAUUUGAGGACCUUGGCCGACAAGAUCAAAGGCGAUCUUGAUACGCUACCGAAGGGACACAAGCGACAAGCAGAAGAGGAACAACUCCGUUCGGAGAUUUCAGGCUUGGAGACCAAGCAAAGGUAUGCGCAGGACGAGCUCAAUGCGUUGAACAACAACAUCAGUAGCAAGAAGCGCACCUUGCAGCAUAUGAAGAGUCAGCUUGCCGAGAUCAAGCCGAAGUACGAGGAGCAAUCUAGCCGUCUCGCAUCUUUGAAGGAGACGCUGGUCGAGCAUUCCAGCUCGGUCGCUCAGAUCGAGGAUCAAGUCUUUGGAGCCUUCUGCCAACGUCUGGGAUAUGCCAACAUUCGAGAGUAUGAGAAGCAGCAAGGUGCGCUGCAACAGGAAGCUCAACAGAAGAAGGCCGAGUUCACGAGGCAAACCUCGCGGUUGUCCAAUCAGCUGAUCCUCGCGGAGCAGCAGCUUCAACAGAUCGAUCGACGUAUCCAAGCCAACCAGGCGAGCAUGAAACGUGAACGUGAUACGACGGCGAGGCUGAAGGCUGAGCGGGAAGAGAUCGCUGGAGAAUUGGACGUGCUCAACGCGGAGAUCGAAGCGGCCAACGGCGAGAUUGAAGGGCUGAAGGCGGAAUUCGAUGCCCGUGGCGAACGGGUCAAUGAAGCUCGACGAGAAGUACAGAAGCGUGAGAAGAGCGUCGAAAAGACACUGAAGGAGGUCAGCACACUCGAAACGGAAGUACAGCAAGCCGCCACCGGUCGAUUCGGUCUUCUCCGAACAUGCAAGGUCGAAGGCAUCAACCUCCCGCUCGAGCGCGGCAGCCGCAAGAUCGACAGCCUCCCGCUGGAAGACGCGGUGCUCGAAGUCGACGAAGACGAAGAUGCCAUGGACGUCGACGACCGCGACGGCACCCUCUCCAAAAUCAGCGACUACGGAAUCCACGUCGACUUCACCACCCUCGACGACGACCUCCGAGAAGACGCCACCGACGAGAUCGACGCCCAACUCUCCGAAGCCAUCAGCACCCUCCAACUCUCCCUCGACAAAAUGGCCCCGAACAUGCGCUCGGCGGAACGCCUCGAGGCGACCUCCGAACGCCUGAAGGCGACGGAGAAGGAAUUCAACGACUCCCGGUCCGCCGCGCGCCGCGCCACCCGCGACUUCGAGCACAUCCGCCAGCAGCGCAUGGACCUCUUCAACACGGCCUUCUCCCACAUCGCCGAGCAGAUCGGCCAGGUGUACCGCGAGCUCACCAAGACGCCGUCCUUCCCGCUCGGCGGCGCCGCCUCGCUCGACGUCGAGGACGAGGACGAGCCCUACCUCUCCGGCGUGCGCUACCACGCCAUGCCGCCGCUCAAGCGCUUCCGCGACAUGGAGCACCUGUCCGGCGGCGAGAAGACCAUGGCCGCCCUGGCCCUGCUCUUCGCCGUCCACACCUUCGCGCCCAGCCCCUUCUUCGUCCUCGACGAGGUCGACGCCGCCCUCGACCACGCGAACACCACCCAGCUGGCGCAGUACGUCCGCGCGCACGCCGGGCCCGGCAUGCAGUUCGUCGUCAUCUCGCUCAAGACCGGCCUGUUCCAGAACAGCGAGACGCUGGUGGGCGUCAUGCGCGAUCAGGCGGUCAACAGCUCGAGGGCGCUGACGUUGGAUCUGCGCAAGUACCAAGCCGUCUAG